AAGGUUAAGGAUACAAUUGGAUUCUUUGAGCCGCAACCAUGGCCAAGCCACAAACUGUCGCCGCUACCGUACGGGUACACAACGAAGUCCUCUCUUCUAUCGUACAACCACAUCGUCCCAUCUAUCUAUCUAUCUAUUAUUCCAUGAUGGCGAGCAACACUGCCAACCCCUCUCCAGAUGCCGAUGGUACUGCCGGUGACAAGAAUAACGAAAAAGCUGCCCGACAACGACAACCGUCUCUCUUGGAUGGCCUCUUGGUCUCCUCCUCGUCGUCGCCUCCCAACAACGACUCCUCCUUUGGGAUCCUCUGCAACGAUCCAUCCGGAUUGUGCCUCAGUGCCACAGGAAGUUUUCUCAACAAGGAACAACAGACACAAACAUUGGCCAAUGUCGAUGAUGCCGUCAACAGUGGUGUAUACACCAGUCUCACAAAAUUAGCACAGCAACUGCAUCCAGGACCUACCGAUGGAGCCCCGCUCAUCACGAUGGAGUACGACGAAUGCAAUAUCCUGAUUAAGGAGUACAAUGGACAUGCCAUUGCCUUGAAAGUGCCUACCUUGGAGUCGUCGGAUGCAGGGGGGACAGCCAGUGAUGCACAACCUCCGGAUCAAGCAGCCAUUACCAAUGGGUCCAGCUAGUUUUUACUAUCAUACAUGUAGUUAGUGCUUAUAGUAAACCAGGGUUGCCACUUGCUACGGAACAUCCAUGCUACUAGCUAGCUAGAGCAAUCUAUCCAUGUUAGAGGUUGUUGAAAGAAGCCUUUUUGUGUAAAUCCAACUUUCAAAAGCAAGCCCCUCAAAUGUCAAAGAAGAGCCACUCAGCAGCCAAAGAGAAACCUCCAUAGAUCUUCAUCAUAGAUUGUCACGCCGCCGUCUCCAUCCCCAAACGACCAAUGCACGUAGCAGAGUUUCAUAAACUUAGCGAA